AUGGUACUGAUGAGCAUCUCCUGCCCAUCUGGAGCUUUGUUUCAGUGUCACUUGCGUUACACGAAAGCUGGUAACUUGGUCUGUUUGAUAAGUGGUUUAGGUUUGUUCAGUAGUAGAUCAGUUCCUCUUCUGCGUCCUUUGUUUUACGUGAAGAGUUACUGCGGAACUGAACUUAGAGGUCAACUUCUACAUGUCAGUUUGCCUGCAGAUGGAGUUCAGAUCAGACUGGUCAGUGGGAAUGGCAGGUGCUCUGGAAGAGUGGAGGUCUAUCACGGACAACAGUGGGGAACCGUGUGUGAUGAUCACUGGGAUAUGAAUGAUGCUGCAGUGGUGUGCAGAGAGCUGGGCUGUGGUACAGCUCUGUCUGCUCCAGGUGGAGCCCAGUUUGGCCAGGGGACUGGAGAAAUUUGGAUGGACGAUGUUGGCUGUUCAGGCAGUGAAUCUUCACUCUCACAGUGCUCACACAGAGGGUUGGGAAAACACGACUGUAGUCACGGGGAGGAUGCAGGUGCUGUCUGCUCAGGUCUCCCGAUCAGACUGGUCGGUGGGCGAUGCAAGUGCUCUGGAAGAGUGGAGGUCUAUCACAAAAACCAGUGGGGAACCGUGUGUGAUGAUCACUGGGAUAUGAAUGAUGCUGGAGUGGUGUGCAGAGAGCUGGGCUGUGGUACAGCUCUGUCUGCUCCAGGUGUAGCCCACUUUGGCCAGGGGACUGGAGAAAUUUGGAUGGACGAUGUUGGCUGUUCAGGCAGUGAAUCUUCACUCUCACAGUGCUCACACAGAGGAUUGGGAGAACACAACUGUAAACACGGGGAGGAUGCAGGUGCUGUCUGCUCAGGUCAACUUCUGCAUGUCAGUUUGCCAGCAGAUGGAGUUCAGAUCAGACUGGUCGGUGGGAAUGGCAAUUGCUCUGGAAGAGUGGAGGUCUAUCACGAACAACAGUGGGGAACCGUGUGUGAUGAUGACUGGGAUAUGAAUGAUGCUGCAGUGGUGUGCAGAGAGCUGGGCUGUGGUACAGCUCUGUCUGUUCCAGGUGUAGCCCAGUUUGGCCAGGGGAAUGGAACAAUUUGGAUGGCCGAUGUUGGCUGUUCAGGAAGUGAAUCUUCACUCUCACAGUGCUCACACACAGGGUUGGGAGAACACUACUGUGGUCACUGGGAGGAUGCAGGUGCUGUCUGCUCUGGUCUCCCGAUCAGACUGGUUGGUGGGAAUGGCAAUUGCUCUGGAAGAGUGGAGGUUUAUCACGAACAACAGUGGGGAACCGUGUGUGAUGAUGGCUGGGAUAUGAAUGAUGCUGCAGUGGUGUGCAGAGAGCUGGGCUGUGGUACAGCUCUGUCUGUUCCAGGUGCAGCCCAGUUUGACCAGGGGACUGGAGAAAUUUGGAUGGACGAUGUUGGCUGUUCAGGCAAUGAAUCUUCACUCUCACAGUGCUCACACAGAGGGUUGGGAGAACACAACUGUGAUCACGGGCAGGAUGCAGGUGCUGUCUGCUCUGGUCUCCCGAUCAGACUGGUUGGUGGGAAGAACAGGUGCUCUGGAAGAGUGGAGGUUUAUCACGGACAACAGUGGGGAACCGUGUGUGAUGAUGGCUGGGAUAUGAAUGAUGCUGCAGUGGUGUGCAGAGAGCUGGGCUGUGGUACAGCUCUGUCUGCUCCAGGUGAAGCCCAGUUUGGCCAGCGGACUAGAGAAAUUUGGAUGGACGAUGUUGGCUGUUCAGGCAGUGAAUCUUCACUCUCACAGUGCUCACACAGAGGGUUUGGAGAACACAACUGUGGACACGGGCAGGAUGCAGGUGCUGUCUGCUCUGGUCCCCCGAUCAGACUGGUUGGUGGGAAUGGCAGGUGCUCUGGAAGAGUGGAGGUCUAUCACGAACAACAGUGGAGAACCGUGUGUGAUGAUGGCUGGGAUAUGAAUGAUGCUGCAGUGGUGUGCAGAGAGCUGGGCUGUGGUACAGCUCUGUCUGUUCCAGGUGUAGCCCAGUUUGGCCAGCGGACUGGAAAAUUUUGGAUGGCCUAUGUUGGCUGUUCAGGCAGUGAAUCUUCACUCUCACAGUGCUCACACAGAGGGUUGGGAGAACACAACUGUGGUCACGGGCAGGAUGCACGUGCUGUCUGCUCUGGUCUCCCGAUCAGACUGGUUGGUGGGAAUGGCAAUUGCUCUGGAAGAGUGGAGGUUUAUCACGAACAACAGUGGGGAACCGUGUGUGAUGAUGACUGGGAUAUGAAUGAUGCUGCAGUGGUGUGCAGAGAGCUGGGCUGUGGUACAGCUCUGUCUGCUCCAGGUGAAGCCCAGUUUGGCCAGGGGACUGGAGAAAUUUGGAUGGACGAUGUUGGCUGUUCAGGCAGUGAAUCUUCACUCUCACAGUGCUCACACGGAGGGUUCGGAAAACACAACUGUGGUCACGGGCAGGAUGCAGGUGCUGUCUGCUCUGGUCUUUCGAUCAGACUGGUUGAUGGGAAUGGCAGGUGCUCUGGACGAGUGGAGGUCUAUCACGGACAACAGUGGGGAACCGUGUGUGGUGAUGACUGGGAUAUGAAUGAUACUGCAGUGGUGUGCAGAGAGCUGGGCUGUGGUACAGCUCUGUCUGCUCCAGGUGGAGCCCAGUUUGGCUACAAGACUGGAGAAAUUUGGAUGGACGAUGUUGGCUGUUCAGGCAAUGAAUCUUCACUCUCACAGUGCUCACACAGAGGGUUUGGAGAACACAACUGUGGACACGGGCAGGAUGCAGGUGCUGUCUGCUCUGGUCUCCCGAUCAGACUGGUUGGUGGGAAUGGCAAGUGCUCUGGAAGAGUGGAGGUUUAUCACGAACAACAGUGGGGAACCGUGUGUGAUGAUGGCUGGGAUAAGAAUGAUGCUGCAGUGGUGUGCAGAGAGCUGGGCUGUGGUACAGCUCUGUCUGCUUCAGGUGAAGCCCAGUUUGCCCAGGGGACUGGAGAAAUUUGGAUGGACGAUGUUGGCUGUUCAGGCAGUGAAUCUUCACUCUCACAGUGCUCACACAGAGGGUUUGGAGAACACAACUGUAAUCACGGGCAGGAUGCAGGUGCUGUCUGCUCUGGUCUCCCGAUCAGACUGGUCGGUGGGAAUGGCAGUUGCUCUGGAAGAGUGGAGGUCUAUCACGGACAACAGUGGGGAACCGUGUGUGAUGAUGGCUGGGAUAUGAAUGAUACUGCAGUGGUGUGCAGAGAGCUGGGCUGUGGUACAGCUCUGUCUGCUCCAAGUAAAGCCCAGUUUGGCCAGGGGACUGGAACAAUUUGGAUGGACGAUGUUGGCUGUUCAGGCAGUGAAUCUUCACUCUCACAGUGCUCACACAGAGGGUUGGGAAAACACAACUGUCAUCACGGGGAGGAUGCAGGUGCUGUCUGCUCUGGUCCCCCGAUCAGACUGGUUGGUGGGAAUGGCAGUUGCUCUGGAAGAGUGGAGGUCUAUCACGGACAACAGUGGGGAACCGUGUGUGAUGAUAGCUGGGAUAUGAAUGAUGCUGCAGUGGUGUGCAGAGAGCUGGGCUGUGGUACAGCUCUGUCUGCUCCAGGUGAAGCCCAGUUUGGCCAGGGGACUGGAGAAAUUUGGAUGGACGAUGUUGGCUGUUCAGGCAAUGAAUCUUCACUCUCACAGUGCUCACACAGAGGGUUGGGAGAACACAACUGUGGUCACGGGCAGGAUGCAGGUGCUGUCUGCUCUGGUCUCCCGAUCAGACUGGUCGGUGGGAAUGGCAGGUGCUCUGGAAGAGUGGAGGUCUUUUACGGACAACAGUGGGGAACCGUGUGUGAUGAUGGCUGGGAUAUGAAUGAUGCUGCAGUGGUGUGCAGAGAGCUGGGCUGUGGUACAGCUCUGUCUGCUCCAGGUGUAGCCCAGUUUGGCCAGCGGACUGGAGAAAUUUGGAUGGACAAUGUUGGCUGUUCAGGCAGUGAAUCUUCACUCUCACAGUGCUCACACAGAGGGUUUGGAGAACACUACUGUGGUCACAGGCAGGAUGCAGGUGCUGUCUGCUCAGGUCAACUUCUGCAUGUCAGUUUGCCUGCAGAUGGAGUUCAGAUCAGACUGGUCAGUGGGAAUGGCAGGUGCUCUGGAAGAGUGGAGGUCUAUCACGAACAACAGUGGGGAACCGUGUGUGAUGAUGCCUGGGGUAUGAAUGAUGCUGCAGUGGUGUGCAGAGAGCUGGGCUGUGGUACAGCUCUGUCUGCUCCAGGUGCAACCAAGUUUGGCCAGGGGACUGGAAAAAUUUGGAUGGACGAUGUUGGCUGUUCAGGCAGUGAAUCUUCACUCUCACAGUGCUCACACAGAGGGUUUGGAGAACACGACUGUAGUCACGGGGAGGAUGCAGGUGCUGUCUGCUCUGGUCCCCUGAUCAGACUGGUCGGUGAGCAAUGCAGGUGCUCUGGAAGAGUGGAGGUCUAUCACAAAAACCAGUGGGGAACCGUGUGUGAUGAUGACUGGGAUAUGAAUGAUGCUGCAGUGGUGUGCAGAGAGCUGGGCUGUGGUACAGCUCUGUCUGCUCCAAGUAAAGCCCAGUUUGGCCAGGGGACUGGAGAAAUUUGGAUGGACGAUGUUGGCUGUUCAGGCAAUGAAUCUUCACUCUCACAGUGCUCACACAGAGGGUUUGGAGAACACAACUGUAAUCACGGGGAGGAUCUAGGUUCUGUCUGCUCUGGUGGCAUGUCCCAGCCCACCCUGUCCCUAAGCUCUCCUCAUUCAGCACUCUCGCCUGGAGAGGAGGUUCGUUUUCGCUGCGUCGCCCCGGCUGACCUCUGCGCUCCUGUUGAGUUUCGCUUACACAGAGGGGGCGCUGGGAGUCCCCUGGCCCGCAAAUCAGAGUCUAGAGGGACCAGCGUGGAAAUGGGCGUGAACAACGUGGACUCCUCCCACCAGGGCAGCUACACCUGCCUGUACGCAGUCCAGGGCAACCAGACCCUCCGCUCUUCCCACAGUAACUCCAUUGCCAUCAGCGUCGUGGUCCUACAGCAACCUACCAUCGUCCUCAGCUCUCCUACAGGGGAGGUGACCGGGGGCCCCCAGGGGCCAGAGGUGAUCGAGGGCCACAGCUUCACCAUCACCUGCUCCACUGUGCCACAGUACCCAGGAGGCUCCUUCUACCUCAGCUUCACAGGGUCCAGUGUGACUGAGGCUCAGGCUGCUGUCAGUCAUUCUGCCGCCUUCAUAUUUUCUGCUGCAGAGCUUUCCCACCAGGUGAACUACAGCUGUGUUUAUGAGACCACAGUGUCUGGACGCAAAUUCAGCUCUCCUGCCAGCCCCCUGCUGCCUCUCACCGUCACAGUGGUCCUACAGCAACCUGCCAUCGUCCUCAGCUCUCCUACAGGGGAGAUGACCGGGGGCCCCCAGGGGUCAGAGGUGAUCGAGGGCCACAGCUUCACCAUCACCUGCUCCACUGUGCCACAGUACCCAGGAGGCUCCUUCCACCUCAGCUUCACAGGGUCCAAUCUGACUGAGGCUCAGGCUGCUGUCAGUCAUUCUGCCUCCUUCAUAUUUUCUGCUGCAGAGCUUUCCCACCAGGGGAACUACAGCUGUGUUUAUGAGACCACAGUGUCUGGACGCAAAUUCAGCUCUCCUGCCAGCCCGCUGCUGCCUCUCACCGUCACAGUGGUCCUACAGCAACCUGCCAUCGUCCUCAGCUCUCCAACAGGGGAGGUGACCAGGGGCCCCCAGGGGUCAGAGGUGAUCGAGGGCCACAGCUUCACCAUCACCUGCUCCACUGUGCCACAGUACCCAGGAGGCUCCUUCCACCUCAGCUUCACAGGGUCCAAUCUGACUGAGGCUCAGGCUGCUGUCAGUCAUUCUGCCUCCUUCAUAUUUUCUGCUGCAGAGCUUUCCCACCAGGGGAACUACAGCUGUGUUUAUGAGACCACAGUGUCUGGACACAAAUUCAGCUCUCCUGCCAGCCCGCUGCUGCCUCUCACCGUCACAGCUUCCCUGAUCCUGCCAAUCGUGUUAGGAGCGUCAGGAGGACUGCUGCUGGUACUGGUGCCACUCGUCCUCUUCCUGCUGUUCUGGAAGAGAAGACACAGCUCAGGACGCACCCAAGUUGCGAAGACAGCGAGCAAUGCACGUACAAUGAAUGCCUACUUUGCCAGAGGAAAGGCCAGUGAGGAAGAGGAUGAGCAAGACUAUGAGAAUGUAGAAACACUCACCGGAAAUGAUUAUGAAGAGGAGAUAGGGGAUGAAGACUCUGGAAGUGAAGCUGACUAUGUGAAUUACAGGGAGCCUACUGAAAACGAAUACUCUGAGGAUGAAAAUAUAUAUCAAAACUCUUAGAAAUAUGACCAAAACUUGGCAGACCAAGGGCGUGACUUUAGUUUGAAUAUUGGGGGAUGUUGAAAUACAUAAAUCAUGCUACCCUGGAAGAAAUUUUUUAAAGAACAGCUGUGAAAUUAUUGGUUUUGGCAAAUUCUAAGGGGAAAAUACUUCAGAUUACUGUCCUUGAGGCAGACCUGACAAAAAGACUUCCUUGUUGAAUGUAAUAUUAAGAGCAGGUUGUGAAAUGCAUUUUGUGACUGGAUAAAGACAAAGGUGGUGAUGCACAUUGGAUUGCAUGUAUUCAUUAUUAAAGGAAAGCAUGAAAAGCUGUUUCUUAACGAGCAUCUAAGUGAUAAUCUAAGAAGCUUAUUAAUAAGGGUAAAGGUGUAACUUAUAUUUCAAUGGCAAUUUAUUUAAAGACUUAAAAAAGUUUACUAAGUUUUUAAAUGUAGUUUUUUUAGUUGUUUAAUGUAAUAAGGUUUUAAUAUUGUUAACUGUUGUUUUUAAAAAUGCCAUUUUAAAUGAUAUCCUACUGCAUAACUAACGUCAAAUGUCUUAUCUUGCUCCUUAACUAACAUUAAGGCAGUUAGCGAGCCACAAGAGCAGCAGUGUCUGUUUUAAUGGUGUUUAGAAGAUGUGUAUGAAGCAGAUAGUAGGGCCUAAGUUCGUAAUGUUAUUUUCUUGAAAGUGACUCCGCACAUUUCCAAAUUUAGAAAAUGACAACCCACGGUGGGGAAAUGGGGAAAAUGCUAAAUUGUUUCUCAAAUAAUGGCAAAGCGCAUCGUUCAUAUCUAUAGCUCAUUUAUGCUGACUGUUCCUGACUGUGGUGUUCUUAAUAAAGGAUUAAUUACAACCAAAUGUCAAUUU